GAUUCGGAGUGUUCUUCUUAACAGUUUAACUAAAAAUAAUGGCAUAGUGGUUUGAAAGUUUAAUAAAUUGAAUGGCACAUGGCUGAAUAUAUAAAAUGUCCUCAAGAUUCUAUUUGAAGUAUUGCUUUUUGAGAUUACAACAUUCAAGUGAUAGCUGAUGGUUACUUGUCAAUAGAAUCAGAGUCACUCAAAGAAUUGUGGCGUUUUCACUAUCCAUCGAUUCCAAAAUUGUGCAAAAGAUGCCUGGAAUUAAUAUUCGUGAUGAAGAUCGGGAAAAAAUCCACCCAAAAUUCAUAUGUACUUACUGUCAUCACCUUCUUGUCAAUCCUAAGCAGACCUCGUGUGGACAUUUGUUUUGUGAGUCUUGUAUUGACAUUAUACUUGGAAGACCUGAUCCAAAAUGUCCUGAGGAUCAAGAAAAAUUAAGCAGAAAUGACGUUUUCCCUGAUGCUUUUACGAAACGUGAAAUGAAAAGUAUUCGUUUACAUUGUCCUUCUGAAAAGUGCAAAUGGUUUGGCACCUACGAGGAAUUGGAAGGUCAUUCUCAAGUUUGUGAGCAUGCGCUCAUCAGCUGUAUACACAAGCAAUGUAACAUUCAGUUACCACGCUAUCUCCUUGACGAACAUUUGAGGAAUGAUUGUGAAUAUCGAAAUGUGAAAUGUGAAUAUUGUGGUAAAGAUGUCCCGUAUGCUUCACUUAAGGACCACGUGGAAAAAGUGUGUGAAAAUGUACCAGUGCUAUGUAAAUAUUGUGAGAAAAAGAUACCAAGAAAAGAUAUUGAACACCAUCAAAAUACAACUUGUGAUGAAGUGCCGACGAAAUGUGAAUUUCAAGCCAUUGGAUGCAGCUAUGAUAAGACUUUAAAACGAAAGGAGAUCCGUCAACAUAUGAAUGACAAUUUAAUUGAUCACGUGAGCGCCUUGUUACGAUAUGUUAUGGCAUUUGUUACACAGUUAAGUAACUAUGUACCACGUCCAGAAUUUACCACUGCUAUUCAAAACAUGGGUGACCAAGUUACUGCUGUUCGUGCAAAUCUCUCAGAAAAAUUUGUUAUGUUAGUGGGUAAACUUACAUGUCUGGAAAGGAGAAUUGAGAAUCUCGAGGCUCGUGGUGAUAACGAUAGUAAUAAUGCCAACUCGUCAUUAGAGGUUUCUUCGAUGCGUGAUAAAAUUCCAACUCUCGAACGACAAGUGAGAGAAAAUUCCUCAACUUUACUACGAUUUCGUGAGCGCUUAGAUCAAAUUGACGAAUCACUCGCGAGAAACACGGUGAAGAUUACGGACCUUGAAGCGCAACGUGGCUCGCGUGCACUGGGGUCGAAUCAAGCCAUACACAGCUAUAAUGGUACGUUACUUUGGAAAAUAGAUAACUUCAAGAAGAAGAGACAAGACGCCAUUAAUGGUAUUAAAACAGCAUUGUACAGUCCACCAUUUUACAGUUCUCAAUAUGGUUACAAAAUGUGUGCUAAGAUCUAUAUGAAUGGUGAUGGUUUUGGAAAGGGAACUCAUUUAUCUUUAUUUUUUGUUGUCAUGAAAGGUGAUUACGAUGCACUACAAUCAUGGCCUUUCCAAAAGAAGAUCACAAUGAUGUUAAUGGAUCAAGGAAAUGGUGAUCACAUGAUUGAUGCUUUUCAUUCAGAUCCCCAAAGUUCCUCAUUUCAGCGACCAAAGUCAGAUAUGAAUAUCGCUUCAGGAUCACCUCUUUUCAUGCCAUUGGAAAGUUUAAAAAAUCGUCAGUAUAUUAAAGAUGAUACACUUUUUCUUAAGAUGAUUAUUGACUGAACAAUUCCUAAAAUCAAAAGCACGUUUCUUUUAAAAUAGCUUUUUAACAAAAUCAAAAAGUGUCAUGCACUAGCUCUUGAUAUAAGCUUUGUAAAUAUGUAUUAUAUAUAAGUUUCUGAUUAGUAGUUUUGAAGCAA